AGCGUUGGCAACCAUGGACGACACCCGGGCAUACUAUACCCCUCUCGCCCAAUACUCGUAUUACCAGCAGCCUCCUCCGCCACCGCCUGGGACGGCGCAUCAGCCGCCGCCACCAAUUCUUCAGUUGUCUCAUCACCAACAACACCACCCUUAUCAAUCGACGGUAGCCACCUAUGCCGCUCCGCUCUACGCUCCUCCGCCGUCCAACGACGAUGUCCGAACACUAUUCAUCGCCGGCCUUCCCGAAGACGUCAAGCCGCGAGAGAUUUACAAUCUUUUCCACGAGUUCCCGGGAUACGAGUCUUCCCAUCUCCGUAGCCCUUCAUCGAAUACGCAGCCAUUUGCAUUUGCAGUCUUUGUCGAUCAGCCGUCUGCACUUGCUGCAAUGUAUGAACUGAAUGGACUGGUAUUUGACCUUGAGAAAGGCUCCACUUUGUUUAUCGAUCUUGCAAAAUCCAAUUCUAGGUCAAAACGCCAAAGAACAGAUGAUGAUAGGCAUGGAUCGGAGAAAAGUAAGAAAGGGUCUGCAGCCGUUUCAAGGGUCAUUGAAUCUGGUGUUGGCAACAUUCACAUUCCUGGAAUGGGUAGUUCUGCUUACAACACAGUUGGUUAUCCACCCACACAAAGUUAUACUAAUUAUGAUGGAAGAUCUGUGAAUGAGAGCAAUGCAUACAAGAAUGCUGCUCCAUGUCCUACACUCUUUGUGGCUAAUCUAGGGCCUAAUGCUUCAGAACAAGAGCUUAACCAAGUGUUUUCAAGAUGCCAUGGUUUUUUAAAGUUGAAGAUGCAGAGCACCUAUGGAGCUCCUGUUGCUUUUGUUGACUUUAAGGAUACUGCUUGCUCAACGGAAGCUCUGAGUCAUCUUCAGGGGACUCUUCUUUACUCCUCACCCGGAGAGGGCAUGAGACUAGAAUAUGCUAAAUCACGGAUGGGAAUGCGCAGCAAAAAGUCCAAAUAAAAAAACAGGCACGGGCGCACGGCCGAGUUUCAGGUUCUGUAUUGUGGUACCCUUUGAACCAAAGUUAGAUCAUGGUCCAUUUUGGAAGGCAAGCAACCAGGUGAAUCAUGAAUGUGGGGAAAACAAGUGGACAUAAGAAAUGUGGGCAAUCGGUUGAGUAUGUGUUAUUAUUUGAAGCAGGUAGAAUUGGAACUAUACAGUAUGAGGCUUUGUUUGGCGAAACAAAAUAGAUUCAUUAUUAAUGCCUUUUUGCUUGGAAGUGUCAACACAUAAGCUAACUUAUAAGGUUAUUAUAUUAGUUUCUUUAGAUCUAUUCAAAUAAGUUCCACUUGGUAUGCCGACAUCUUUGAAAGACUAAGGGUCUGUUUGG